UCCACUCUUUUUCCCCAGACGUGUGUGGCAGAUACGGAAUGCCCACUAACGAAAACAUAGUUAAGCUGAAAAGCUUUUUCGAGUGAUCAGUGCGCGAACAUGGCGAUCAAGGUGACCUUAGUCCGAGCCAUGAUGAAAGCUAUUAGACAUUUCUCUAGUGUUGAAGGUUUCGCAUCAACGUUAUCUUCUACUAGGAGUGUAGCUCUAGGGUUAUGGAGAGUGGCGGAGGGCAAUUUGUCGUAAGCACCUAUAAGACGCCACAACGGACGGAGCCAACAAUCCAAGCCCACAAAAAUUUGAGCCAUGUAAGCCUUCAAAACAGAACAACUGUUCACUUGUUUGAUAGGCCAAAAUCCUAAAUAAAUACAUAGGUGAUUGAAAAAUACCGUAAAGAUAAAGUGGAUAUAGCAAUAUCCAACCUGAAAUACCAUGUAUUUAAUAGGAAAACUGUAUAUUCAUGAUCGUUGUAUGGAUUGCCUUGAUGUUCAUUUGCAAGUGUCACAUAUCCGCUAAAAACAGAAAAGUAAAUGCAUGUCAACAACAACUGUCAGUUGCUGAUUCAAAGCGAAAGCAAAAGUAGGAUGAAAAUUAAAUAUAAAAGGCUAGAUAGUGAGUGCAUGCCUCGUGUGAAUUCAAUACAUUGGAGUUUUGUUGAGUGGGCUUUGUUGAUGGUCGAUGAGGGAAAGUUCUCUUCACAAGUGGAGAUUGAUUUUAGUUUUUUUUUUUUUUUUUUUCUACAUCUUUACUUUUUUUCCGCAUCUUUACUACUUGAACACAAAUUUACUGGGAAUGAGAUAUACACACAUGCAUGAGCUUUGUUGUGUGAUAUGGGGAUUUGUUUGUGAUUAUUUCACAGCACAAGACUGUACUAGCAUUUCAUUCACUAAAUUUCAUUAUAUAAAUGAUAUGCGAGAGCUGAACAGCGAAGCUGUGCCUGGCAACGCAUUGUUGUGGCGACGCGGGGUGCGUUGUGGCAGUCAUUAUUCAGCCACAGAAGGCCAAUCACCCACUGCAAUGUGCCUCGAGAGCGGCUCCCCAAGGGAUUCACAAAGUAUCAUACAUCCCUCCAUAGCACCAUGAGAACAUGGAGAUGAAUGGUGAUUUAACCUUCAUAGUGACUCGUGUGUAACAACUCAAGCUGAUACUGAACUCCCGAAAACAAUCACGGCACGAGGGUAACCUUGGAAAUAACGAAUCAAAUCAGAUAUUUGUCACAAAAGUUAUUGAAUAUCAAAACAGUUAUGCGAGACAUUAAGAGUGGUGCUGGAUAUCGUAAUAUGGAAAAGAAAAAGCGUGUAGUGCAUGUCAAAAUGUUCAAAUUAACCUUAAAACAAUGGAAGAAUUGCUGAUGCCAGAGGCUUCUCCAAUGCGCGAUGGCUGCGGGGCGUCAUGGCUCGUGUUCCACUGACAUUUCGUCUCAUGGCAAAGACCUUUAGGUUUCAGAGGUGCCACUAUCUACAGCAUCGAUCCCACAACCGCUGAUGCCUAGAUGAAGCCUCCCCUGAGACCUCCUCCGGACGGCUUGUGCUCCGUCCCCUGCCUGGAGAACAAAUGUGAUACAGGUGACGGCACCCUGGCAGGUAUCAGUUGCUUGGCCUGCCACAGAGCGGAUAAUGGGCGCAAAUUAGGCCUCCAGCGAUAGGAAGGGGCGGGGCAAGUGAUGAGCACUGACCGCCGUUGGUACGAGCCGCCCACACCGAGGGACUGGCGCCGUCCCAGCACUACCAAGCUACGUCUCCAGUCUUCCAUGUCCCUCCGGAAGGCUAUCUUGGACCGAACUUCCUCCACUCCUGUCAGCAGUACCCUGGAUUGCACUUCUCCUAGUACAUCUUCCUCUUCCAGCGGGAGGUCCAUUAUUCCUGAAGUGGACAAAAGCUUACUAGAGCGAAAUCUCCAGGAACUCUUGUCCAAUGAUCCACUGGAUGACCCACUUAAAAGAGACGUAAGGCCUCCUGCUGGAAGAAAUAGUAGGCCGGCUAGUCUUCGUCGCAAUCAGUCUCUUGCAAAUCUAAAUGCAUCAUAUAUUUUAAGGAAUUGGCAUGGCACGGAUGUUUUCGAAAGUGUAGGCACUACUCCAUCUCGCCCUCGAAGCUCAUCUAUGACUAAAUAUGCUCCUCUUCCUUCCAUUGCCUCUGCAAAGAAUCCUGAAUACCAGCCACCGCCACUUAUCCGGAGCAAAACCUUUGAUGUAAUUGAUACCAAAAUGAAAAACUUGCCUACGGUGGAUGACUCCCAGGCGAACUACGGCCGGGAGUCGGAGAAGGAGAAUGAGUUGGAACCUCGGCUUCUGGUUAUUGCAAGCAUUGAAGGAAAGACUCUACCGGAGUAUUUGUCUCAUGCGCGGGAUGGUCUUCUUAGAUCUCGUCCAGCUACGCGCCACGGCCGAUUGGAAUUGUUCAAGUCAUUUGGGGAGAAUUACCCUGUUGGGGUCGCUUGGGCAUCAGAAGGAACCUCACUUAAUCCAUUCCAGUUUCCUGUAACCAAACACAGUAAAGAAUCUUUCCUUUUUCCAUCUCACAGUGAAGCUGACUCCGACCAUUGCACACUUCCUGAUAAGCAAAGAGAGGACAAGGAAUUCCACCGACGAAUCUUGAGAAUUCCUUCUCAAGAUUAUCAGGUGGUAGGUGAAAUGCAAGACAGCAGGGAGAAAAAAGACAUGACAGAUGAUAAUAAUGAUGAUUGUAACUGCAGUGAUCAAGAAAAUGAUGAUGAUGAUGAUGAUGAUGAUGAUGAUGAUGGUGAGGAUAAUGAAAUGGAUGAUGAUAAUGAUGAAGAUAAUGAUGAUGAGGAUGAUGAUGAUGAUGAGGAGGAGGAGGAUGAGGGUGAUAAUGAUGAUGAUGAUAAUGAUGAUGAUAGUGAUGAUGAUGAUGAUGAUGAUGAUAGUGAUGAUGAUGAUGAUGAUAGUGGUGGUGGAAGAAACAAAGACAAAAUAAAAGAAAAGAACAAGGAGGCUAAUUCACAGGCUGAGCAAUCUUCGAGAGGCAACGAGGACAUCCACAUAUACUUUAUGCUGCCAGACGGCUCUCUGUUGGUAGUGCACACGUCCUCUGGCUGGACCCUGGCGGCGCUCCUGGGAGCUGUGGCUGGAAUGGGGAUGGGCGGACGCCGGCUGCAGGUGGUGUUGGACGGCGUGCAGGAGCGAGACCUUAGCAGCGGCAUCCAGGACCUAGGCAUCACCCACAACACCACUAUUUACCUGCUGCCUGCUGGGUAAUUGUGUGUGUGUGUGUGUGUGUGUGUGU